GCGAGCUGGGGCCCGGACCGGAAGUGUGCGGUUGCCAUGUAAUAUCCUGAGAGCGAGCGCGAGCCAGCGGGAGAGCGAGCGAGCGGGCGGGCGAGCGGGCGGGCGCUGAGGCGGUGCCGAGGACGGGCAGAGGCGGUUGAGGCGGGGGCAGCAGCGGGCGGGCCCAGCCGGUGUCAGCGUCUGCAGCCGUCCGUCUGCCAGUCUGUUUGUCUCUCGUUAGCGGGGUCGAGGCCGGCCGGGAGGUCUGGCUGCGGGAGGCAGCAUGUCGGUGGCCGGGCUCAAGAAGCAGUUCUAUAAGGCGAGCCAGCUGGUCAGUGAAAAGGUUGGAGGAGCUGAAGGGACCAAGCUUGAUGAUGACUUCAAAGAAAUGGAGAAGAAAGUGGAUGUUACCAGCAAGGCUGUGGCAGAGGUGUUGGCCAGAACCAUUGAGUACCUUCAGCCCAACCCAGCCUCCCGAGCCAAGCUGACAAUGCUCAACACUGUGUCAAAGAUAAGGGGGCAGGUGAAGAAUCCUGGCUAUCCACAGUCUGAAGGGCUCUUGGGCGAGUGCAUGAUUCGCUAUGGAAAGGAGCUAGGAGAUGAGUCCAACUUUGGUGAUGCCCUUUUGGAUGCUGGUGAGUCAAUGAAGCGAUUGGCAGAAGUGAAGGAUUCUCUGGACAUAGAAGUCAAACAGAAUUUUAUUGAUCCCCUCCAGAACCUCUGUGAUAAAGACCUGAAGGAGAUCCAGCACCAUCUGAAAAAGCUGGAGGGGAGGCGCCUGGACUUUGACUAUAAGAAGAAGCGCCAGGGGAAGAUAGCAGAUGAGGAGCUUCGUCAGGCCAUGGAGAAGUUUGAGGAGUCCAAGGAAGUGGCUGAGACCAGCAUGCACAACCUCUUAGAGACCGAUAUUGAACAGGUGAGCCAGCUCUCAGCCCUGGUGGAUGCCCAGCUGGAUUACCACAGGCAGGCAGUACAGAUCCUGGAUGAGCUGGCCGACAAGCUGAAGCGCAGGAUGCGGGAAGCCUCUUCCCGCCCCAAGCGGGAAUACAAGCCAAAGCCUAGAGAUUCCUAUGACUUUGGAGAACCUGACCAGUCCAAUGGAGGUUUCCCUUGUGCCCCAGCCCCCAAGAUCACAGCAGCUUCUUCCUCUUUCCGAUCCUCUGACAAGCCCAUCCGGACCCCCAUCAGGAGUAUGCCACCUCUGGACCAGCCCAGCUGCAAGGCCCUGUAUGAUUUUGAGCCUGAGAAUGAUGGGGAACUGGGCUUCCGAGAGGGCGACAUCAUCACACUGACCAAUCAGAUUGAUGAAAACUGGUACGAAGGCAUGAUCAAUGGCCAGUCGGGCUUCUUCCCCCUCAACUAUGUGGAGGUGCUGGUCCCACUACCUCAGUGAAAUGGCUGCUCUCCACACUUCCUUUCCUGCCCUCCCUUCCUCUUCCCUUUUCCUGUUCCUCUCCCUAAUGAGGAAGGCCAGGCCUGAUCUCCUGCAUUCCAUUUUGUUCCUGGUGACAUCCGUCUCACUGGAAGAAAAGUGGGAUAGUAUUAACCUUGCCCAUGCCAGAAGGGUGUCAGAUUAUCUGGACUGGGUGUCCCCUCAAUUCCAUCCUUCCCAUGGAUUUGAUACUUCCCGAGAGACUUCAAGGAGCUUGCUGCCUCCUCCCCUCCUCUUGCCCCAGUCCCUUUGGCAAAGGUUCAGGCAGCAAAGCCCCUUAGUCCUGAUCCCUGUGUCAGGCUCAGCUUGCCCUGAGAAGACUAAGUGGUGGAUGCUACCUAGUUGAGUUACAAGUUGAGUAUAGGCAAAGAAAGAUGAGCCAGUAAGUUUUAAUCAGUGUAGGGGGUCUUGUGGUGUUUAUGGUGAUGGAAGUGGAGAAACACAGUUUGUUUAAAUCACCUAAGUUUACAUAAGACACUAGUGACCACCCGAGUUAUUUUUGGUGGGGAGGGGAGUAUCCUCUCUUCUUCCACCUUUUACCCCCAUCAUCCAUCUCCAGACUGUCCCUUCUUCAUUCACUUGCUGCUUCUGAGGGGCCUGGGUGGAUUGAACUCAUUUACUCAACUGACUCCACUAGCCACGCUCCCCCUCUCAGUCAGUCCCUCAACUUGGUUGGGACUCGACUUGGCUGUGGGGUUCCCAUGCAAAGGGGUAACACUAAGGUGCUCUUUGAAACACUAAGCUUCCUCUCUAAAUGCUUCCUUGCCUGAGCAGCCAUCACUCCCCUGCUCUGGCCCCCUACCAAGGAACUUUCAAAGGCUGUCUAUGUCUUUUGAGGGUGACCUGGUUUGGUCCAUAGCCAUAGAUAUUCUCAACCUCUCACCCGAGGCCCUAGUUGUCACUUGUUCCCAUGCCUUGAGAUCCUCAAGUUGACUUAGAAGAUUCUGCCCCUUCUCUGAACCAAGACUGGGAAAAGUCCUGCAGGGCUAACUAAAGCAGUAGCAAGUGUAGGAUCUGUGGCCACAACCAGGAAUCUCCUCAGAAGUGUUCGGAGUGGUCUUUAAGGAAUGGAGGAAUGCCAUGGAGACCAUUCCCUCCGUUCUCUUCUUCCCCUGCUGGUCUGAGUAGCUCUUUUCUGCUGGCUGUGGCCAAAGGUUGGCAACCGAGUCCUGGGCCACAGGACCUCAGAGGGUCGAGCACCGAAGCCCAGGAAAGCCAACUCCCUCACCCUGUGGGUGCCCCUAGCGUGCCUUGCUUGGUUGCAGCCUCCUCCUGGGAGGUGUUAUCUGUUAUGACUUGGGCUGGGGUCGGGGACUAUUCCUGUAGGUAUCAGCCAGGUCCCUCUUGAGGUCAUGGCCUUCUUGCCUCAGGUUCUGCUGCCUUAACUGGCUGAAAUAAGAAAUUUGGUGUUCCCAUUCUCUCUCUCUCUUCCCUUCCUUCCUUCCCUCCCUCUCUCCCCCUGCCUCUUUCCACAUUCUCUUUCCUUCCCCUUUUCCUUUCCUUUCUCUUCCUUCUCCCACUCUUCUCUUUCUCUCUUCUAAGCAGGAGCUAAUGUAUAACAGUGUGGGCCAGGCUUUGGAGACUUAACUAUAGUAUGGUGAUUUUUAAGUGGAAGUAAGAGACAAUUUGUUCCAUGGCCUGGCUUUCAAAUUCUCCUUAGAUUUAUGCCCUGAUUCCAGGAUCCCCAGGCUCGGCCACAGCCCAUUGCAGGCAAUGGGUCCCAGAUCCCUUUAGCACGAUCCCCUUGUGGCUUCUCUGCCCACAGAGCAGCAGCUUUGCCUAGACAUCAGCUCCUUGACAGCCUGAAGAUCAGCCAAGAGCCAGAGGACUCCCCUGGUACCCCAGGGCCAGCUGUGAGGGGGGAGGUGGGGAAUGGCCACUGGGGGCUAAGCCCUGAAAGCGAGCCACAAACACAGAAAGAAAAGCGUUGCCCAGUGCCCCCUGCCCCCACACCUCCUUGGCAGCACUUCUGCCCCGUGAUGUCUCCUCAGCCUCAUACUCUUACAAAAACACAAGAGUUAUUGCCUCCUUUGCAGACACUGCCUCCUUCUCUUUGCUCCUCUUAUUGGCAGUGUGACAGAUACAGAAAGCAAUGUAUCCUUUUAACUUUUCUUUUUAAUUGAGCAUGUUGAUGUAUGUUUGUUACUCACAUGGCAGCUGCUGUUACGUUGGCACUGCCAGGGUCCUCCUUCCCCAGAAAACAAAACAUGGGACCACCAGGAGCCAGCAGGGGUUCCUGCCUCUCUGGCUUGCCAAAUCCCCGACAAGCCAGCCUCCUCUCUGAAGGGUUAAGCACAAAGUCUGAUGAACUGAAUCCUCCCUGAGAAACCUGCCGGACUCGGCUGUGGCAUCUCUUCCCUGUUCUCUCCUUCAUGAUCUCUGUCGGACUCCCCUCUCCCUUUGUCCUGUCUCCUGCCCCCCCUCCCCUUACCUGGUGCGGAGCUAUCAGAAAUGGGACCUGGCUUCCCCCACCCAUCGGGCUUUUGCUCUCCUUGCCCUGUACCAACUGGGGGCUGGUCCCCAGGGUGCUGAAGGCUCCUGGACCCACUCCAGGAACAGCAAUAUGAAAUGGCUUCACAGGACGCAGUAAUGCUAGAAUCUCCGCAGCCCACGCCUGGGGCCCAAUGGUGCCACCCAGGCCUCCACAAGCCUUUUGCUGGCUUCUAUCCACUCAGUUCUAGACCUGAGUAUGAAAAGGAGAGGAUGGAGGUAUAGAUUAACCAUGUCAUCAUUCCCAUAGGAGCCACCAUUAUGUUCAUUUGGGGGGAGGUAGGGGAGCAGGGUGUCUUCAGAUGAUCAAUAUAACUUUUGUUACAGUUUCUCCUUUGUCUAGGGCAAAUUGAAUUGUAAUCUUGAUUUAAAAAGUAUUAAAUGUUUUCUCUUUCUA